AUGGAUAACAUAUUAACCCGUACGGCAUAUCUAUACUCAAUCCUGGCGGCGACAUUCGCCAAACCUGCUUCGGCUACCAUCCUGUAUAAAGAUCUCCACCUAGUACCCUCCUACGCCAAAGCACAUGGAAUCCUGAUGAGUGUGGCUUUCAUACUCAUCUUCCCUCUUGGUGCUACAAUACUUCGCCUCUCCAAGUCCAAACACACAGUUUGGAUCCAUGCCAGCAUUCAACUCGUAGGAUGGGCUCUUAUGCUCGGCGGUCUGGUCACUGGUCUUCGUGUAGGAAAGAUACUGGACAGACUGCACAACAACGCCCACACGAUCUUCGGAACAGUCAUCGUGGUCCUCAUGCUCAUCCAGCCGUUUCUGGGUGCCAUCCACCACUGGAUGUAUAUCCAGAAGAAGACGCGCACGGCUCUAGCCCCUGUGCAUGUUUGGUUGGGCCGGAUUCUGAUUGUCCUUGGCAUGGUGAAUGGUGGGUUAGGGCUUCGGCUUGCGGAUAAUACUCAUGGGGGUAAGAUCGCGUAUGCGGUUGUUGCUGGUGUAUGUGGCGCGAUGUACUUGGCUUGGGUUAUCUACCGUCUCAAGUGGACGAGGAACAGGAGCAAGGAGGUUGAGAAUGUAGAACUGCAGGGGACGGUGGAUUAG